AUGUCUCUCAGCAGCAGGACAAACAUUGUAUCGAUUCUCAACAAUGACGACAACCCGUCGUUUGCUGUCCGAUCAAACCCCAGAGUCGGGUCCUUGAACUCUUCGCAGUCGGAGCCACACCAGUAUCAGCGCCUUCCGCCUGUCAGCGACACGUUUUCGCGCCCGCUCGCUUCGUCUGAGUCCCCCACAGUCUCCCCGCGAGGAUAUCGGCAUCCAUUAGACCCUGUCAACGAGGUCGUGCAACCCGUCUCGCCAGGCUCCUCCGAUGGCUCCGCCUACGACUAUCUACUAAGCCAACCGUCAUCAGCCGGUUACCACCCGUACGUUCGGCAGGACCUGCGACGAGACCCAUACCGCUAUCCUUCUCGCGGGCCUGCUCCGCCGCGAACACCCCCAGAGAUCCAUUCCGCUGCACCAUCAGAGAACAAAUCCUCCCAGGGGGCUGGUAUCCGGGGGACAGGGCGAAAAAACAAGUAUCCGUGUCCAUAUGCUUCGAGCCAUGGCUGCUCGGCCACUUUCACAACCUCAGGCCAUGCCGCUCGUCACGGCAAGAAGCACACGGGUGAGAAGAGUGUGCAUUGUCCCAUUUGCAACAAGGCAUUCACUCGCAAAGAUAACAUGAAGCAACACAUUCGGACCCACCGCACACACUCCGACGAUAUGCGCUCGACUACCUCCGAGCCGGACGGCGAGACGCGAUGGGCUAUGUCAAGACCUGAUUCUGGAUAUGCUACUGCCACCCACCAUCGCACGAUCAGCCAGAAUACCGAUGCCUCUAUGCCGCCGCCCAGCAGUGCACCACGCCUCCCAUAA